GUUUAGCAGGGAGUUUCCGGUAAAGUGACGGGAAGUGCCGGACGCGUCGCUAGGCGGAAAAGGAAGGUGCAGCUGCGGUGAGGUUCCCCGGAAGGCUGGUGGGAGGUUCCGGCCCGGGGCGGCGGCAUGAAGGGAGGAGCCGCAGAUUGCUGGAGGUCAGAUCUGUGCGGCAACAUGGACUCGUCGGAGGAGACGGGGGGCUCCUCCACAGAAGAGAACUACUUUGUGAACUACACCUUCACUGACCGUUCUCACUCAGGCCGCGUAGCUCAGGGUAUUAUGAAGCUCUGCCUGGAGGAUGAGCUCUUUGCUGAUGUUACCAUCUCAGUGGAAGGCAAAGAAUUCCAGCUGCACCGGCUAGUCCUCUCAGCUCAGAGCUGCUUCUUUCGUUCCAUGUUCACUUCCAACCUGAAGGAGGCCCACAACCGGGUGAUUGAGCUGCAAGAUGUUAGUGAGAGUGUUUUCCAACUCCUGGUGGACUAUAUUUACCAUGGGACUGUAAAGCUGAGGGCAGAAGAGUUGCAGGAAACAUAUGAGGUGGCAGAUAUGUACCAGCUGACUUCCCUUUUUGAGGAGUGCUCCCGUUUCUUGGCCCGCACGGUGCAGGUGAGGAACUGUCUUCAGGUUAUGUGGCUGGCAGAUCAACACAGUGACAUGGAGCUCUACACGGCUGCAAAGCACUGUGCCAAGUCACACUUGUCACAGCUUCAGGACACAGAGGAGUUCCUGCACCUACCUCUCCGCCUGCUGACAGACAUCCUUACAGAUGGUGUUCCAUGUUCACAGAAUCCAACAGUUGCCAUAGAAACCUGGAUCAACUUCAACAAAGAGGAGCGGGCAGGCUUCUCGGAGGUGCUGCGAUCCAGUCUGAAGGAGAUUGGGGAGAACGUUCACAUCUACCUUAUCGGGAAGGAGUCAUCGCGUACGCACUCACUUGCUGUCUCUCUGCACUGCGCUGAUGAUGACUCAAUCAGUGUGAGUGGCCAGAAUAGCCUGUGCCAUCAGAUCACUGCAGCUUGCAAGCAUGGCAGCGACCUGUAUGUUGUAGGGGGCUCCAUUCCACGGCGCAUGUGGAAAUGUAACAAUGCCACCGUAGACUGGGAAUGGUGUGCUCCUCUGCCCCGUGACCGGCUCCAACACACCCUUGUCUCUGUGCCCAGCAAGGAUGCUAUAUACUCACUGGGGGGCAAGACGUUGCAGGACACUCUCUCCAAUGCUGUCAUAUACUACAGGGUGCGAGACAAUGUGUGGACAGAGACCAGCCAGCUGGAAGUAGCUGUCUCUGGAGCUGCAGGUGCCAACCUCAAUGGUAUCAUAUACCUGCUGGGUGGGGAGGAGAAUGAUCUGGACUUCUUCACUAAGCCCUCCCGGCUUAUUCAGUGCUACGACACCAAUACAGAAAAGUGCCACGUGAAGCCUUAUGUAUUGCCUUUUGCAGGGCACAUGCAUGCUGCCGUGCAUAAAGACCUAGUGUUCAUUGUGGCUGAGGGGGACUCACUGCUGUGCUAUAAUCCCCUCCUGGAUAGCUUCACCCGACUCUGCCUGCCAGAUGCCUGGAGCUCAGUACCAUCCCUCUGGAAAAUUGCCAGUUGUAAUGGCAGCAUCUAUGUCUUUCGGGAUCGUUACAAGAAGGGAGAUGCCAACACCUUCAAACUUAACCCAGCCACCUCUGUGGUGACUGUCACCAGUGGCAUCAAGGUGCUGCUCACUAACCUGCAGUUUGUGCUGGCUUGAGGUGACAAGCCCACGGACAAGACAACAUGGACAUUCUGUAAAACAGCUUAGAGGCACCCAGUUUCCUUACCACUUGCAAGACCAGCUCACACCACCAUAGAGUGCCCCCUCCUCUUUAGCCCUGCUUGCAGGCAGUAUGAGUCUCCUGGAUGUAAGGCUGUUUUCCCUUUCACUACAUUCUCCAAGUUGACUUACAGCAUCUUAAAUCCCAGAUGGACUAAAUAGUGUUACUAUGAUCCUCUGAUGUGAAGCUGUGUUUCAAGCUCAAAUUGCAGGAGAUAGACUUCUUAGGCCAAGAACUAUCGAGCACCAGCAAGCCCUAGCAUGAGCAGAUAAACCCCUUUUUGUCACAGCCUUUUAGUGUAAGAGCCCAGGAGGCUGCAUGUGCUGCUGCCAUCACUAGUCACAGGGAAUGGCCACCCUGUACACUCCCUAAAAAAGCUCUAUGCAGUUUGAAAUGGGGCUCUAAUAUGACUGUUCCUUGCUAAGGCUACAGGAUUGGCUUCAGGCCAGAAGCACUGACUAAAGUGGACUCUACUGUAGACUGAUUUCAGAGGUGGGUCCAAGGCCCUGACUUGGUUGUGCUCUGCCCUAACCUAGGGCAGAUGGACUUGAAGCAGAGGUCAGGGAUGGGCUUGCUGCUACUUUGCCACCCAGCACAAAGAGGAAAACUAUCCUUAAAAUACUAUUGUGCCCGUGCUGGUUUCUAGCCCCAGUACUGGGGCUCCCAUCCUGCUGAUAUUAUACCACAGAGCUGUACGAUGGUUAAAGAUGAAACUGAAGUUCAUUUUCUCAUACCCUUCCCUACUGGCACUGUAGCCCUUGAGGUGAGAGCCUGAAUAAAAGUGUCUGGUGGGACAAAGAUAUGGUUUCUUUUUUACUGAUGGUGUUAACGUGAGAAGAGUUCAAGACACCUCUCUGUCCCCUGCAAUAAUGGCACUUAUGUGGGAGGGGUGGAAGAUCAAACCCUUACAGGUGCUCUGACAUGCGUGUGGGGGUGAAAGCAGAAACAGGUGUCCGGUUUUCAACCGGAACACCUGGUCGAAAAGAGACCCUCCCCAGCCUGUUGAAAAUGAGCGAGUGAGUGAGGGUUGGAGAGCGAGCGAUGGAGGGCAAGGCGGGACAUGGAGUGAGCAGGGUGGGCCUGGAUGAAGCGGUAAGGCAAGGGUGUUCUGUUUUGUUCGGUUAGAAAGUUGGUAACCCUAGGCUCAGGUAUUGUAUGUGUAAGGACAUGACACCAGAAGCUGUUAAGAAAAAAAACAAGCUCCCCAUUGCUGUUAUGUGUCUGAAAAGUUCUUUAUUGCUUGUGCAGCAGACCGUUCCUUAUUAGUUCACUAGGAACUUGUUCUUGUUGUGGGGAGCAGUUGGAUGGUUUCUGGUAGCUCUUGCUGACUCUCUGCAGCUGCCUCAGCAAUCACAUUCCUGUGAAAUCUUUCCAGGAUCUGGACCUGCCUGGGGCGCACAAGGAUGUGGGGACGGAUCCUGGCAAUGGCUUCUAUUGCUUCUUGAGGGCUCCACUGGUACAGCUGGAAAGGCAGAAAUCCUGAAUGAAAAUUCAUCCUGUCUAAAGAUGGGUCAACACAGGCAUUUGGAGGGCCUAGCUUUCUUCCAGAGCCUAGUUUAGGUGGUCAAGGAAAGUGGCUCACUUUACCCCUCCUUGUACUGAAUAUCAUCUGCUGCCUACCUCGGAGAGACAUCCAGCUCUCAAUAGGAGCUCCUGAGAGGAUACUCCCUCAACAAGAGGGAUGCAAAUGACUACUUGAGGCUCCAUGUCUAGGGUCCUACCAAAAGGUCCAUUUCACACUCAUAGGAUUUUAAAAGUUGUAAAUUUAAUGAUUUCAGCUAUUUAAAGCUGAAAUUUCACAGUGUUGUAAUUGUAGGGGUCCUGACCCAAAAAGGAGUUAGGGGGGUUGUGCUCCUGCUGGCAGGGCGCUGCCUUGAGAACUGGGCACCCAGCUCUGAAGGCAACACAGAAGUAAGGGUGGCAAUACCAUAACACCCCCUCUCCCCCCAACAACUCCCUUUUGGGUCAGGACCCCCACUUUGAGAAAUGCUCUGUCCCCCAUGAAAUCUGUAUAGUAUAAGGUAAAAGCAUACAACAGACCAUAUUUCACAGUCCACGACGUGUUUUUCAUGGCUGUGAAUUUGGUAGGGCCUAUCCAUGUCCUCAAAUUCACAUGCUUUUGUGGACAGCUUCUUCUGCCCUGAUCAUAACAGCGCCCCUGGACAGACACA